UGGGAUCUCCCCCCCCAGGGUGUGGAGUUCUUCGAUGAGAAGCUCAACUCGCUCUGCAUGGCCUGGCUGGUCGACCACGUGUACGCCAUCCGGGAGGCAGCCACCAGUAACCUGCGGAAGCUGGUGGAGCGCUUCGGGCCGGGCUGGGCGCAGGGAACCAUCGUGCCCAAGGUGCUGGCCAUGGCCGGGGACCCCAACUACCUGCACCGCAUGACCACGCUCUUCUGCAUCAACGUGCUCUCUGAGGUGUGUGGGCCCGAGCUGACGGCGCAGCAGCUGCUGCCCACGGUGCUGCGCAUGGCGGGGGACGCCGUGGCCAACGUCCGCUUCAACGUGGCCAAGAGUCUGCAGCGCCUGGGGCCCGUCCUGGACGCGGGGACCCUGCAGGCCGAGGUGAAGCCGGUGCUGGAGAAGCUCACCCAGGACCAGGACGUGGACGUCAAGUACUUCGCCCAGGAGGCCCUGACGGUGCUGGCGCUCGCCUGACCACGCCCCCUUUCCCCUCCCCCCCCCUUUUCCCUUCCCCUCCCCCCCCCCCCGCAUGUGCC